UUGGAUCAUCACAUCGAUAAGCUGGAUUUCCUUGAAGCAUACCCAAAAGCUCGUACAGAAGCCUUUAAAUCAGAGAAUAUUAAAAAUGGCUUUGCAGCAACUGGAUUAGUGCCAUUUCAACCAGAUCGGGUCCUUCUACAACUCAAUAUACAGCUGAAGACCCCUACACCACCUGGGAGCCGUGCCGGUACUAUACCAACCAACUGGGUGCCAGAAACGCCUCAUAAUAUUGUCGAAUUACAGCAUCAGGCAGCUACGAUCAAGGCCUUACUAAAACGGCGUACACAGAGCCCUCCAAGCCCUACAAAUGCAGCUUUGAAUCAGCUUAUCAAGGGCUGUCAAUUAGCCAUGAAUAGUGCUGUCAUUCUUGCAAAGGAAAAUCACGAUCUACGGGCUGCAAAUGAGAAGCAGAAGCAAAAGCGUAAGCGAUCGACCAAUCAAAUAUCUCAUGAAGGAGGUCUUUCAAUUCAGGAAGCGCAGGCUCUUAUUCAAAGUCAAAUUUCAGAUGAAAAUCAGGUGCCGCUGGUUAUGGCUACUACGGCCGCGGAGGCGGCUUCUGCACCUCUAAUAAAACUUCAAAUUCUGCACAGUAUUUGA